AUGUUCAUCAACGCCAUCACCAAAGUCGCCAUUCUGGUCCUCGCCGCUGUUGGCGUCAUCUCUGCCGUUCCGCUAGAGGUACGAGACCACGAGGACUUUGAGUACAAAAUGCUGCAGGCUAGCAAUUGGUACCGGUCGCAGCACGGCGCCAACGCUCUGUCGUGGGACCAAGGCCUAGCAGACUACGCCGCCAACCACGCUAGCUAUUGCACCAGAAACCACUCGGGCGGUCCUUAUGGCGAAAACAUGGUCUUUGGGGACUGGUCUUCCACGGCCGGCUGGGUGAACAGCUUCGGCCACGAGCGCGUCCAAUUUGACUUUGAAAACGGCGGCACCGACCCGGCCACGGGCCACUUUACCCAGCUCGUCUGGAAAGCCACCAGCGCGAUGGGCUGCGGCUGGGCCAAGUGCGGCGAUACGUACCACGUUAUCUGCGAGUAUCAGAACCGCGGCAACGUGGUGGGUGAAAGCAACCGCUACUUCCGCGAGAAUGUUGGCUUCCAGACCUGGGGUAGCAUAGACGACCAAUUCGAUGGCUAG